CGGUGCGUUGCCAAGCACCGAGGUCGCCGCCGGCCCCGGGACCCCCCCCCGGGAUCCCCAGAGCCGUGGGUCAUGCGGCGCCGGAGCGAUCGGGCCACCAAAGAGAAGGCGCUGGUGGCCACAGAGGAGGAGAUGAAGAGCGCGGGGAGGAAGGUCGAGCAGGGCCCAGAGGAGUUCCAGUGCUCCGGCAUCCUGGAGCAGGACUUCCCGGAGCUCUGCGCCCGCGCCGGCAUCGCCCAUGUCCCCAGGGUCACGCCGCGGCCGGCCCCGAGCUUCCCUGCGGAUGCGGAGCCGCCCGCGGGGACGCUGGAGGAGGCGCUGUCCCGCAUCGAGCACAGGUACAGCCACUUCCAGCCCCGCAUCCAAGUGGAGCGGGAGCAGGAGGACCCCCGGAGCGUCCGCGCCGUGUUCCUGCGAGGCUGGAAGCUCGAGGAGGACAUACUGGGGGUCCUGAGCCAGUGUCUGCCCGCGCUGGGGGCGCUGCAGGCAGUGCACCUCUGGAACGUGGCGCUGCCGGAGCCGCUGCUGCCGGUGCUGGCGGCGCUGCCAACGCGCUGCUCCCGCCUGCGGACGCUCAGCCUGGAGGGGAAUCCUUUGCCUGAAGCCGCUUUCGAGCUGUUGAUGGGCAGCGACAGCCUGUGGCGCCACCUCUCGCUGCGGAGCUGCAGCAUCGGGGACUCGGCCGCGCAGCGCAUCGGGACGAGCCUCUCGACGCCGACGAGCUGUAACCAGCGCCUGGAGUCGCUGGUGCUGAGCUUCAACCACGUCUCGGACCUCGGCGCGCAGCACAUCGCGGAGGGGCUGCGCCUGAACCGCUCUCUGCUCUCCCUGUCCCUGGCCAGCAACGACAUCGGUGACGCCGGCGCCUCCCGGCUGGCCGAGGUCCUGGCGCCGUUCCCGCUGACACACGAGGAGGUGGUUCAGCGGCGGCGGCUGCUCCUGGCCGAGGCGAUGGGACGGUCCCGCGCGUCCCCAAAGGAGACGGAGCCCCACGGCGAGCACGGGGCGAGCCGGCGCGGCAGCACCCUGGGCAACAAGCUGCCCCCGGCCAGGCAUGGCAAAGCCGCCCCCAAGAAGAAGGUGAGCGGGGCCUCGGCUUCCCCUCCCAGCGGUGCAUGGGGCAGAGGGUCCGUCCUGCAGCCCCCUGCCCCGUCCUUUGCAGGAGUCGCAGCGGAAAGAGGAGGUCAAACAGUCCAAGAAGUUGCCGGAGCUGAAGGUGACCCGCAGCCGGGACCUCAAGUCGGGCGCGCAGGAGAGGCUGAGCCCGGAGCCGGGGGCGCGCCGCGGGACCGGCGGGUGGGACGCGGGGAUCCCGCGCUCGCUGCGGGACCCGCUGGCAGGCGCGGCCGAGCCGCCCGCGGCGCUGCUGGAGGCGCGGCAGCAGCGGGGCGCGGUGGUGCUGCCCGGGAACCGGGCGCUGCUCAACCUCAGCCUGGCCCACAACCGCGUGUCCGAGCGCGGCCUCGGCGCCUUCCUGGCGGCGCUGGAAGCGCAGCAGCGGGAGAAGCAGCCGAAGGUGCCGGGGCAGCAGGGGCUGCUGUGCCUCGGGCUGGAGAGGAACCGCAUCCCCCCCACGAGCCCGGCCCUCGCCCGGCUGCAGGAGCUGCUGCCGCCAGACCCCGACCCCAAAGGGCAGGAGCCGGAGGAGGAGCAGGAUGCGGGCACUUGAGCUGGUCCCUGCGGCACCGCACAGCACUGGGGGGGCGGGGGGGCCGGGGGGCCGGGUCCCCACCUUCCCCUUGGAAACCACCCCCAAACCCCAAACCUCCGCGGUGGAGAGGAGGAAAAGAAUCCGGGAAGGAGGAAAAGAACCUGGAGCCAGGAGGUCCAACAGCAACCGCUCAGUCUUGGCUCUAUUAUAUAUAA